AUGUCUACCCAAUUUUUUCUCUCUUUUUAUUAUUCUUUUUCUUUCUUUAUUGUCUCCACCCCUCAUUUUUCUUUCUUAUGCCCUCUCUUUUAUCACUACUUAUUCUCUCUUCCCUAUUUCCUAACCCACUCUUUCUGUACAUCUAUCUUUUUAUUUAUCACCUUGCAUUUUUAUCUCUCUUUUUUUUUCUGCUUCCAUACAAUGUUCCAGAUUCAUCCGCCUGUUCACUGUUUCUUUCUGUCUUUCUGUUUCUGUGUCAGAUAUUACAGAGCCAAAGUGCAGCGCACCUAUGCUGCCCUUCCUUCCUGUUCUCACUUUCCUUCUGAUCAUGUUUAUUCUCUUCUCUUUCCAUUGUUAUUUCCCUUUGCUCGAUUUUCUUUUUUCUUUCCUCACGUCUUAAAUUAUGCUUUAAGGCUUCUCCCAAUCUUUUACUUCCCAACUCUGAAUUUUCUUUCUUUCUUCACAUUCUUCUUUCUCUCUGUCCUCUCUUCUUCUACGUUUUCUUUUGUUUUUUUUUCUUUGUAUAACUUUCUUUUCUUUCACCUCCUGAUUUUUCUUUACUCCUUGGUACCAAUUUUUUUUUUUUUAUUCCUUGGUACCAAUUUUUUUUUUCUGCAUUCUUCUUAUUCAAUCUUUUUCUAUUCAUUUAUUUGUUUCUUACUUUCUUCCUCUGUGCUACUUUGUAAUUUUCCUUCUUUCUUUUCUCUUUAUUUCAUUCUAGGAUGUUCAUUUUCUCAUCUUUUCUUUUGUUCUUUAUUCUUUCCUUUUCCACAUUUUUCUCAUCUUUUUCCCUUUUCUUUCACACCUUAUCCUCUCCUCCUUUUCAUUUGUUUAUUACUUCCUUCUUCUGACCUACUUGAUGAUUUUCUGUCUUUCUUUAGGACUUCCCACCUGUUUUUUUUUCUUUUGCACCUUACUCUUCUUUUUCCACACUCUUCUUACCUAAUCUGUUUAUAUACAUUUCCUCAUUCAUUACUUCCUUCCUCUGAGUUUCUUUCUUUCUUUCUUUGCUCUGAUUCUUACAUCUUCUUUCUCUCUUUCUUUGACCUUCAUUAUUUUGUUUGA